AUGUUCAAAAACGAUUGGAAGUAUUCUAUAAAUUCAAAAGUGUUCGAUGAUAUCGAUCCGUUGCUUUUCCUCAAUCAUCGUUUUAAAACAAUAAUCAAAUACAUCCUUAGCAUGUGGUUAAUGAAUUUGCUUCAACUGGCGUUGUUCAUAUCGGACAUUUAUACCUGCAUAAAACUUCUGGCAUUUAACUCAUGGUCAAAUAAUUUAAUUAAACCAUACGUUUCAUUCAAAGUUUCCAAAUGGAUCUUUAGUGGCUGUAUCUUGGGAUCAAUAGCACUACUUCUUUGGGAAAUCAUUUGCGGUAUAGGAAUAUAUCGUACUAGAAAUAUCUCGCUCACUUUUGUCAACAAUUUUUCCAGGAAUGUAUAUUCUAUGACAGAAUAUCCUAAAUUCUGCAUCUAUGAUAAAAUUUCAUCUAAAGGUGCCUUCCAAAAAAUUGCAUUUUUUACAUUUUUCGAAUUAAAAGAUUGUAUGAGAUUAUUGCUUACAGACACACCUAGACAAGUUAUAAAUGGGUUGACUUUAUGGUCUGCUCUUGUAACAGUUCAUGCUAAUGCUGAUUUGGGGGAUCUUGAAUCAUUUUCUGGGUUGAUCAAUAAAUUACAAAGAAUUGCAGAAACUAAUCACCAAGAGGCCGUUAUUCUUUCCUUUAUGUUAUUUUCUUUUAUAGUAUGGGCAUUUUUCAUGGCUAGACUUAUAGUUGCAAUGUUUUGCGCUUUUUUUGUUUAUUUUAGAUUGAUCAAAGAACAGGAAUAUAAUGGAUUAAAAGAAUACGUCUGUAUCACUGUGAGCCGUCAUGUAGAUGAACUAACAGAAACAGAAACAAGGAAAAAGAUGGGUCAGGAUAUAUACAGAACGAGCUUAUUAGCACCAUCCACAUCUUUAUUAGAAUUAGAGUUAAGCGAUCUUGAAAGAAAUCCAUUAAGUUCUGUAUCCAAUACUGCCUAUGCAUCAUAUAAUGAUUCUUCGAUGAGUCUGUCAAAUACCCAAACUAAUAUCAAGAAACACGAAAAGAUUGUAACGAACGAGUUCAACUAUGAUUCUGAACAUGAUUUUACACCUGCUACCGCCCCAAUCCCAAUAGGCUCUACUUUGAAUAAUACAUUUGGUGGCUAUCACAACAACCCGUCUAUAGAAGUUCCUGGCCUUUCAGGUAGUAAUGUUUACUAUAAUAAAUCACCUCAAGGAAGUAAUGCCGAGUUAUACAGAAAUCAAGCAAUCAAUAACCAUAAAAUACGGCCAACUCCAAUCGAUCAGAAUGUUACGCUUGAUUCUGGUCCUAAUUCAGAAGUCUAUAUGCUAAAACAGUCCCAACAUAGACAUUUCAAUAACGACGAAUUGGAAGAACCUGACGAAUAUAAUUCACAGGCAAUUGUUACUGAGGAACCAUCUAUAAUAGGAUAUAAAAAUUAUUAG